AUGCGGGUCUGGCUCAGGUUGUUGUUUCUGGCUGUUGACACGCGCUCUUCUGUAGGUGUCGCAAAAGAAAGAGUGAGUCGGGCUUCUCCGCAGCUUCGAGUACCUCACAAACGCGUACUUCGCCCUGUGCUCUCAGUCAAGUGCGAUGGAAAGCAGGACCAAUUCGGCCGAUGUACGAACUGUAAUACUCACGAUUGGGAUUGUGCCUUCAAUAGCCACACCAACAAGCGCUACGAGUCGGGCUACGUAGAAGCGCUCGAACUCAAGGUCAAGAAGUUCGAGAGCCUGAUCAAACGAUUACUCCCAGAUCAGGACUUCACUGCCGAAGUGGGCUAUGAGCUAACACGGGAUAACUGGAUGUUGCCUGGCGUAUGUGGCACCACUCCAUCAAACCUCACACGAUCUUACACUCCCUCCUCCUCCGAUACGGGAGUCAUGCCUGCGCCGUCUGUCUCAACCCCAAGCUCGUUCGCCGUACUAGGACCUGAUCAAGCCCCGCCAAUGACGCCCCUACCAGAGGACGAUCACUCUGAUGAUGAGAUGAACAACAUCACUACGAAACUGCAGAACCUUCCUGCUAUCGCCAUCGCGAAACCUCGAGAUCUGACGAAUUACCUCGGCAAGUCUUCGGCUGCUGGCCUUCUCAAGACCGCGUUCGCACUCUGUGCCAAGCUGGCUCCGAACGUUGAUGCGACAGCAGUGUUCCGCAUGAUGGGAAAGCGACCAACUUGGCAAUAUGAUCUCCCGUACGAUCGUGCACCACCGCCUCUCACAUUUCCGGAACAAGAUCUCAUGGACGACUUGAUCAAAGUAUACUUCUUCGACGUCCACAUGUUUUCUCCCGUUCUCCAUCGACCGACAUUUGAGGCCGACGUCAGAGCUGGACUUCAUCUUCGCAAUCGCGAAUUCGGUAACCUGGUUCUUCUGGUAUGCGCUCUUGCGUCGCGGUUCUCGCACGAUCGUCGCGUACUCGUUGAAGGCGAAGAUAACUGGCACUCGGCCGGCUGGAAGUACUUCGUGCAAGUGCAAUUGAAUAGCGACGCAUUCGUCCGGAUGCCCAGUUCGCAUCUUUACGGGCUGCAGACCAUUUGUCUAGGCGUCAUGUACAGCGUCAGUAUCUCGUAUGUGCACGCAUGGGUUCAUGCUGCCUUGGGGAUUCGUUUGGCUCUCGACAUUGGCGCACAUAAGCGACGUGCAUACGGCACGUCACCAACCAUCGAGGACGAGCUAUACAAACGGACAUUCUGGACAUUAGUCUUCUUUGACCGCACGAUGAGCGGAUCAAUGGGGCGCCCAUGCAGUAUACAAGAAGAAGACUUCGAUCUAGAGCUUCCCCUGUGUUGUGACGACGAAUACUUGGACCCUCAGUUUGGCGGAAAGCAACCGGAGGGCAAACCUUCUAACGCUAGUUACUUCGUCUGGAUGCUCAAGCUGUCUCAGAUACAGGGGUUAGCUCUACGGACCAUCUACGCGAGCACCAAGGCCCGGGCACAUUACAACUUCCAAGGCGAGGACUGGAUCACGCGCACGAUUGCGCAGUUGGACUCGCUACUGAAUAACUGGGCCAACUCGGUCCCUGACCAUCUACGCUGGGAUCCCUCUCGAGCCGAUGAUCUCUUCUUCUGUCAGUCGGCGCAUUUGUGGAUGCAAUACCACGAGAUACAGAUCUCCGUUCACCGCCAGUUCAUCUCUUCAAUACAAGCCACCCCGAUGCCGUUCCCUGCUCUCACCAUUUGCACAAGUGCCGCUCGCGCGCUCGUUCAUCUGACUACUUCGCUGUAUACGAGGAUGCCAAACCGUACCGGGGUGUUGCAUUGGGGUGCGGGAUACGCCGGACUUGUUCUACUUGUCGGCAUUGGAAACGCACGUCUGCACAAUCUUCCAUACGAUCGCAAGUCGGCAAUGGCUGACGUGGAGACCAUGUUGGCUAUCUUGCGGACGCAAGAGAACCGUUGGCGAUGGGCUAGCCGUCACGCGGACUCGCUUGAGGUCCUGAAGGCAAUAGGCGAAAACGAUAGCUACGAACCGGUGAAGUAUCGGAAACGCCCGUACGACCAAGUUAGUACAGACACGCCUCAAGCCACCAAUCCCUACUUCAACCAAUUCCUACCUGCCGAAGAUCGGAUCGGAGCUAGCUCUGGAGGUUUGGAUUGGAACGAGCCCUCUAUGUUUGGCUCGGCGCCGACUGGACAAGACGCGGCCAGGAGCGCACAGCCACCCGACUCCUCACAAUCGCAAAAUGCCGGUACCGUCCUUGGUGCCGUUGACUUCGGCGCACUGUUUGGGUUCGGCAAUCAGACAGAGACAUCCGGUCUUGCUCCCAGCGAUCAGCCCCUCGGUGCUACGCCACUAGGCGAUUGGUCUGGCGUGUCGUUCGACUUCGGGUUUGACGACUGGCAAUGGAUGAUGCCAGAACAGCCUUCCUUCAACGGCUAUCAGGUGCAUUCAGAGGGCCAGCACUGA